AUAUAUAUCUCACCCAGCAACACAUUCCAACCAUCAAACUUCAUCUUUUUCAUAAACAAUCAGUUCCUUCAAUACCAAAGACUAUCAAGUCUGAAAUCAUGGGUUUUCGCUUGCCAGUGAUUGUUCAAGCCAAGAACACAAUGCGUAGGGCUCUAUCUACUCCAAAAUCUUUCGAUGUACCCAAAGGCCAUCUUGCAGUAUAUGUUGGAGAAACAGAGAGGAAACGCUACAUUGUUCCAAUUUCAUACUUGAAGCAUCCAUAUUUUCAGAGCUUGCUGAACAAAGCAGAAGAUGAGUUUGGGUUUGAUCACCCAAUGGGUGGUCUUACAAUUCCCUGCACAGAAGAAGAUUUUAUUGAUAUCACCAGCAGCUUGAAUUAA